AUGUAUCUCAAGGUCACGGACAAGGACAAAAAUCCAUCCGUCCAUACAUCAUCCACGGGAAUGACUGACUGGUGCGAGACCUGGGUACCUAGUUUGGGUAGUCCAAAGCAAAUUGGCACUCCCUCCCAUCCGCUUGCUGUGCGUGCUGAUGGUGGUGUCAUCUCUGCAGACGGCCAUAUCUGUUCUGAGGGUCCAAAUCUGACAAAUUCAGGCCAUGUCCUUCACUACAUCUUCUGCCAGCUUGGACCAAAAAUAAAAUCUUGGCAUCAGCAACCAGACGCGGUGGUCUUUUCUCUUUCUGGGGACAACGACCCUGAAAUCCACUACCACGCAGGUCAGGAUAGUUAG